CGGCGACGAUGAAGUCGAAUCUUGGACAGAGACGUUGAGAUAUAUAAGAGUAGCAUCAGCCUGCAUACUCUCUCACAUCUACCUGUUUUUUACCAGACUCGAUCGUCAAUAGCAUCUCGAAGACUUCAGUGUCCAACGUCAAUAUGAAUCCGGUUAACACCAAACCGUACACUCUUCCCCCGGAUGCAAUAUGGUUGAUCACCGGAUGUUCGUCGGGUAUCGGCCAAGCACUGGCAGCUCUAGUCGCAACCAAGCCCAAUCAUCGCUUGAUCGCCACAGCUCGGAAUCCUACGGACCUGGAUUAUCUGCCCGACGGCAAUGUCAACCUCCUCAAACUGGCCCUUGAUGUGACAUCACCAACCUCAGUGAAAGAGGCGUUCAAAGCCGCAACCGAACACUUUGGCAAAAAUUUUCAUCUUGAUGUCUUGGUGAAUAAUGCCGGGUAUUCGUUGUCUGGCGAUACUGAGUCUGCGACCGAGACACAAGCUCACCAGGAAAUUGAAACCCUCUUCUUCGGUACGGCGCGGAUGACUACUCGUGCCAUCGAGAAUAUGCGACAGUCUGAAACCCGACGAGGCGGUAUUAUCUUCAACAUUUCCUCUCUUGCUGGACAAUGCGCCUUUCCGGGUCACGCGUACUACCACGCGGGGAAGUGGGCCGUCGAAGGGUGGACUGAGUCUGUGGCAAAGGAGAUGCAUCCUGAUUGGAACAUAAACUUCUGUAUUGUAGAGCCGAGUGGUGUCCAGACGAAUUUCGAGGGGCAUAGCAAGGCGCGGACUGAGCCUCAUCCCGCCUAUGCCGAGAAAGAUAUGCCGGCACGUGUUCUCGAGAGAUACGUGGAGAUGGGUAUCAAGUCGGGAACGCUUACCAAGCCGUCUGCGAUUGCAGACGCUAUCUUCAGUAUUGCGUCUAGCGAGAAACGCAUUCCUUUGCGUGUUCCCCUCGGUGAACCGGCUUGGGGCUUUAUCAAGCAGAAGCAUGAGACCUGCUUGAAGGACCUUAAAGACGUCAAGGAUCUCAGUUUGUUGGUGUCUAAGACGUAAUGGGUACUAAGAAGCGGCGGCAGAUGUAAGGCUUGAAAUUGCUCAGGGUUCUGAAAUGAGAUAUCCUUGUAUCCCUAUAUUGGGACAUUCUGUCGAGGUCCGCAGUCACUCGAGAUGGGAGCACAUGCAGCCCAUGUACAACAUAUGUUUCCUGAACUACAGGCCAUUGUUACUUGAGCAUCCGACUCGUGUGACUAGGGCUUGCUAAAGAGUUAUGCCGUUUCU